GACAAAAUGUCUUCUCAGUCAGAGAAGGACCUGUCCUGCUCCAUCUGCCAAGACAUCUUCAGAGACCCGGUUGUCCUGUCCUGCAGCCACAGCUUCUGUAAGGACUGCCUGCAGCGGUGGUGGGACGAGAGACGGAAGGACGCGUGUCCACUUUGCAGAGAGAUCUCUUUGUUCAGACGUCCUCCUCGUAACUUGGCUUUGAAGAACGUGUGUGAGACGUUCACGUUAGAAAGGAAGCAGAGAGCUUCGGCGGAGCCUCUCUGCAGUGUGCACGCCGAGAAGCUCAAGCUGUUCUGUUUGGAUCACCAGGAGCCCGUCUGUCUCGUGUGUCGAGACUCGAACCUGCACAACGACCACAGGUUCAGGCCCAUCGCUGAGGCCGUGCAGGACCACAGGCAGGAGCUCCUGGUGUCCCUGAACCCCGUCAAGAAGAAGCUGAAUCUCUUCCAGCGAGCUAAAGGGAAACUUGAGGAAACAGCCGAACAUAUCAGGGUUCAGGCCCAACGCACGGAGAGGAGAAUAAUGGAGGAGUUUAAAAGGCUUCACCGGUUCCUGCGAGAGGAAGAGGAGGACCGUCUCGCUGCUCUGAGGGAGGAAGAGAGGAGAAAACAUCAAGCGACGAGGGAACGGGGCGAAGCUCUGAGCAGAAGCAUUUCACGUCUCUCAGACACGAUCAGAGCGACAGAAGAGGCGCUGAGAGCUGCAGACGUAACAUUUUUACAGAAAUACAAAGCUGCCAGGACGAGGGUCCAACAGGACCGCCUGCUGGACGACCCACCACCAGCUUCAGGAGUUCUGAUAGACCAGGCCAAACAUCUGGGCAACCUGAGCUACAACAUCUGGACCAGGAUGAAGGAGAUGGUCUCCUACUCGCCGGUCAUCCUGGAUCCAAACACGGCUCAUCCAGGACUCCACCUGUCUGAAGAUCUGACCCGAGUCAGACUCGGGCUGAACCAGAAGCUUCCUCAGAACCCAGAGAGGUUUGACCAACACCUCUGUGUUCUGGGUUCUGCUGGGUUUAGCUCCGGGACUCACAGCUGGGACGUUGAGGUUGGAAGUGAUGAAAACUGGGGGGUCGGUGUGGUGAAGGAGUCCGUCCUGAGGAAGGGACCAAUCCAGACCGGGUUCUGGGGCCUGUGUCUCUUCAGCGGAAGCUACAUGGUCGUGUCUUAUCCGCUUCCCGAUCAAAUCCUCCCGGUGUCGGAGCUGAAGCGGGUCAGAGUUCAGCUGGACUGGGACGGAGGGAGGCUGUCGUUCUUUGAGCUCGAGGCCAACAAACAUCUUUACACCUUCAGACAAACGUUCUCCGAGAAGCUGUUCCCUUUCAUCGGGACCAACGACCAGUCACCCCUGAAGAUUUUACCUGAGACAGAACAGCCUGCGGUUCUUCUGUGA